GUCCUGGAGCCUCCCCACCCCCACUCACCACCGCGUGUCUCUCGCCUCCUCGCCCGCUGCAGACAAGGCGCCGGCUGCUGCUUCCCCAGGCAGUGCUACAGCCCUAGGGCCCGUCAGCAAUGUUGCAGUGCAGACAUGCUCAGGAAUUCAGCUUUGGGCCCCGAGCUCUGAAGGACGCACUCAUCUCUACCAACCCUGCCCUGCAGGAGCUCUAUGCCAAAGCCUUCUCCAGUGCAGAGAAACUUUUCCUCUCCGAAGCAUACAAUCCCCAGAGGACACUCUUCUGCACUCUGUUGAUCAGGACUGCCUUCGACUGGCUCCUCAGCCAUCCUGAUGCCCCUGAGGACUUCGAGACCUUCUAUCACUCCAUGCUGACGAAGAAGCAGCGUUUCUGCCAGAAGCAUAUAUACCUGCAGCCUAUAGAUCUAAUUGAAGAGUCUGCCGGGAUCUCGCUGCUGGAUUCCCUCAGAAGCUGCCUAGAGUCUUUCUUCUUGGGCCUUCGCGUCAAGUGCCUUCCCUCUGUUCCCAUCUCCUCCAUCCGCUGCUGCUAUCGACAGAGCCAAGAUUCAGACAGAGCGCAGCUCCAUGCAGAUGGGAUCCUGACCUUCCUGAAGAACAACAAGCCUCCGGAUGCCCUGUGUGUCCUUGGACUCACUCUCUUGGACCUGUACCCCUGUGAGACCUGGAGCUUCACCUUUGGCAAAUUCCUGCCAGGACAAGAAGUGGGUGUCUGCAGCUUUGCCAGGUUUUCUGGCAAUUUCCCCCAGCCAGGCUGCACCACCUUAAAUCCAGCUACCAGGCGAGAGGAGCUGCACGAGGUCACUGAGAAGGCCCGAGACCGGCCGUUGCUGUUCAGUGUGCAGGAGAUGGUUCAGUGUUGCAAGGUCACGUGUCAUGAGAUCUGCCACCUGAUUGGCUUGGGGAACUGCAGAUGGCUGCAGUGCAUCAUGCAGGGCGUGCUGAGUUUGGACGAAGCAUUGUUGCGGCCCCUGGAGCCCUGCCCAGUUUGCCUCAGGAAGCUGCAAUACGUUGUGGGCUUCAAACUCAUCGAGCGCUACAGGAAACUCUAUGCUUGGACUCAAACUAUAUUGUCUACCUGGCUUCCUCAAGAGUCAGACAUGUCAACAUCUGAGGACAUCCUGCCAUUCAGCUUGGACUCUGGGAUGUGCUGUGAGAAUGACUCUGAGCCUUUAACUUCCCUGUCUGAGCCAUUGACACCAGACACUUGCAGCCAAGCCUUCUCCAUUGGGCAGGAGCUGGAGCAUGACCAGCAGUUUGUUUCUCCACCUGACACACACAGCCAGCAGCAGCUGGGCAGGACCACCAAGUCCACAGAUAUCAUUAAAGAUUAUCAACUAUGGCUGGAAACAUGCAUUGCUGCCCUGGAGAAGAACGUCUCUGAGGAGGAGCUGGCUCAAGUGGACAAAACUGUGGAUGCCCUGGCUAAGUGGGAAAUGUUUACGGGGCAGCUCCCCACCAUGAGAAAGGAUCUGCCCUUCCCCAGAGACAACGUAGGGCUAAGGAAAGUCCUUGGAGACAAAUUCUCCUCCUUGCGGAGGAAACUAAAUUCUAGAAAACUGUCCAAAGCUGAAUCUUCCCCUCAUCACUGGAGUUGGGAGGAAAACUAGCACUCGGUCGGACUUAUCCUUCUGCAGUCCUUGCUCCUUUCUGGGCUAGGAAAAGCAAGCUCAGCUCAUCAUUUUGAUUUAAGUUUUGUUACAUGAUUGCCAUGCAUUUGGUCGUUCUCACCAGAAGUUACUGUCUGAGAAGGAAACAGGAACUCACUACUGGAAUGAAAUGUGUUUCUUUUGCUGAGGUUCUGAACAUGGAAUUUGUUUCAAUCAUUCAGGCACUCUAAGAGCUUAUAUACAUGAGAAAGUCGCACCAGUUUAACCCAAGAUGUGAAUCCAAAUCAUGAACAAAGCUCUGUGUGGAUGCUCAUGUUUUGGUAUAAAAGUGGCAUAUUUCAGUUUGGCUUAA